AUGCUCCAAGACAUCUUCGUCAGGCUGCCUAAGCCGACUGCUCUCCUCAUCCUCUCUAGCCUCUUCGGGGCCACAUCAGCACAUAUUCCUCGUCAGACACCAACAACAGUUCCAUACCGGCCACUGAACGUCGUUGCGUAUCCGCCGAUCGCAGCACCGACGUCACCACCGGUCGAUCUACCUACCUUAAACGAGCUCCUCAGGAGACAAGAUACCAACACGAUAUGCGGCUACAUAGGAGGUGAUCCAGACCUACCUGCAACCUGCUCGGCGGGGUCGCACUGUGUACUGGAUGCGGAUCACGGCGCUGUGGGAUGUUGUCCGAACGGAGAGGAAACCUGCAGCUCAGGUGUCUUUACCGGCUGCGUCGAUUCAAACAGCGGGCCACAGACCGAGGUGAACCCUUAUGUGUUCACCUGCACCGGUAGCAAUGUCUGCUACAAAAACAUGUUCGAGGGAGGUUUCUCCCAAUUCGGGUGCGGCACAGCAAGCGAUCUAGCAACGGUGGUCUCAGCUGGCGCGGCGGGCAUAGCCUCCCAGGUCUCCUUGACGAGUGAGCGCAUCAGCCUUACACAGAGUCCGAGCAGCCUCGCAACACCCACCGAGCUCGGGACCGUCACCCGGAGCGAUUCCUCAGCCAGCUCUUCAUCGACUGGGACUAGCACUGAUACAACAACUGGCGCUUCAUCAUCGUCUCUCACCACUCUCACCAUACCAACUCCCACAAGCAGCACCACCUCCACCUCCUCCUCCAGUGAGCAGUCAAGCAGCAUACCGACGAGCACCUCAGCACCAGCUGCAAGCGGCGGCGGCGGGGGGGUAAACCGAACUGGCGCAAUCGUGGGUGGCACGAUCUCUGGCGUGGCCGUACUGGCAGGCCUUGUGGCUGUCGGUAUCUACUUCUGGCGGAGGCGUGCCGCAGGGAACACCCGCCGCGGCCCAGGCCCACGACCAGGGGACACGCAAUAUGUCAGCCCCAUGUCAGGCGCAGGUUUCGUGCCCGUCGGCCGAAACAAUGCAAGCCCGAGUGAUGGAAGCCGAGCAGCGAGCGUCCGAGGGAAGACGAUCAGGCACGUCACGGGCGGGCCCAACUCCCGCAACACCGUCUUCCAGACUGGUGGCGUCGGCGACUACCAUUACCCGGGCCAAAACCCAGCGGCAUGGGCCGGGGCCGCAGGGGCUGGAGCAGGGGCAGGUGCUGCGGCGUAUCACGGAGCGUACGCAUCGCCUCAUGACAGCGGUGGAGAGGACGAAAUCCCGCUCCGUUACGGGUCGCCUGAGAUCGAUGACUUCUCGCGCGGCUUCCAUGAUGCCCUGAGCCGGAUCGGCGAGGAGGACGAGGAGGAUCUGGAGUCACACGUGAACGGCAGUGGCAUGCCCGGCACAAACAACACCGGCGGAAGCGGAGACCUGGGCGACGCGAGGCCACUGUGGCUUCAAUCACGAAGGCAGUCAAGAAACCAAUUUUGGACAUGA